AUGCCCAUCCCCCCAACAAACCACAAACUACUGGGCGCGCUGGCCGCGGAGGGGAAGGAACGCAGGCGGCCCCCGCCCCGGGCCCGGUCGGGCACGCAGCUCCGGGACGCCGAGCCCCUGCCCGCCCGGCCCGGACCCCCGUGCGAGGGCCGGCGCGCCCACGGCCCCGAACUCGCCACACCCCAACCCCCCCCAACUCCGGGCCCGGCCGGCCGCCCUGGCGCACAGGAGGGUGGGGGCUCGGCCGCCGCCCGCGGGGAACGAGGGCUGAGGGCGCGCGCCCCGCGCCGCCCCUCCUCCCCUCAGGCGCGCGCCCGCAUCCCCUCCCGGCCGCCCGCUCGGCCGCGCCCUCACCGCCGGCCCACCUCCGCUUCCGCCCUCCGCCCUCGACCGCCGGCCGCCGCGGCGCAGCGCACCCACCUCCCGGCGGCUCGCACCGCGCUCGCGGGCUGCUGGCUGGCGAGCUGCUUCUCCGCCGCCGCGGCCGCGCGGGUAGACCCGCCUCCCACCCCGGGCCGCGAGCCCCGCCGAUUCGCCGGCGCAGCCCCGGGGCUGGCACCCUGCCGCCCGCUGAUUGGCGCCCCCAGCCGCCCGUUAGGGCGCGAGGCACGCCGGCCGAGCGCCGCGCGGGGCGCGCACGGAAGACGGAGGGAGCGGAGGAGGAAAGGAAGGAGGCCGAGCGCCGCGGGAAGGGCCGUGGGGCGAGCAGGGCGCGGGGAGUCGCGGGCCACCGCCUCCCCACCUCCCUUUGCCUUCGGCCCGCUCCGCCUUCCGGCCGGACCGGCGGCGCCUGCAGCCAAUCAGGGCGCGGGGAGCUCGGGGUGUGAGCCGCGCGUCUGGGGCCUCGAAUCGGAAGGGAGACGUCGCUCGCUGAUUGGUCCCGCCUCCCCCGUCGAGCGUGAGGCUCUGUUCUUUCUGGUGGAUUUCAGAGAGAGUGGUGAUGCCAUCUCUCUGGACAACAACCCUCUCGUUUCACAGAAAAGGAAGCUGACAUCCAGAAAGGCUCCAUUGCCUGCGCACUAAUGAGACCGAACUCAGGUUUCCCAACUUCCAAAACUUCUCUAAGCCAGAUGCUUUAGUGUCUCUUUUCCUUACAAAAAUUAUAAUAAAACUCUUUAUUUUGAA